GUCGCCUCGGUCGCCGCUCCUGCGCAUGGGGUCGCCAUUUUGCUCCCAGAAACGUCGCCUUGCAGACUCGGCGCUUUCUUCCUUCGGCAGCGGAGGCUGCGGCGGGGCCGGGGCUGGGGUCAGGGCCAGCCCUCAUUACGGCCCUGCAGCUAGCAGCUCGGCCAGCAGUGCCCAAACCCAGCUGCUCCGGGCGCCUCCCAUCGCUGGCCUGACCGCUGAUUUGAAUUUGCCUGGCCGCCCGGCUGUCCCUUACCCACGGAAGGCUGAUGUGAUUUUUAGGUGUUGUUCUGCUUCAAGAGGUUUUGCCCCAAGGAGGAAUUUUGUUGUCAGAGACUAAAAGGAGGUUGCCCAUAAUUGCCUUUCAACAGCACACAGUAAAACCCUGAGGUCCUCAGCUCCGCCUUUCUUGCUCUGAGAAUUGGAAAACCAAGAAGGGUUGAUGUUUUGUGUGGCGACGCCUGAAUUGGACACCAAGAUGAACAUCACCAAAGGAGGGCUGGUAUUGUUUUCAGCGAAUUCGAACGCGUCGUGCAUGGAGCUCUCCAAGAAAAUCGCCGAGCGGCUGGGAGUGGAGAUGGGCAAGGUGCAGGUCUACCAGGAGCCGAACCGAGAAACGAGAGUACAAAUCCAGGAAUCUGUGAGAGGGAAGGAUGUGUUCAUCAUCCAGACCGUGUCCAAGGACGUGAACACCACCAUCAUGGAGCUGCUGAUCAUGGUGUACGCAUGCAAGACGUCCUGUGCCAAGAGCAUCACCGGCGUGCUCCCCUACUUCCCCUACAGUAAGCAGUGCAAGAUGAGGAAGCGGGGCUCCAUCGUCUCCAAGCUGCUGGCCUCCAUGAUGUGCAAAGCCGGCCUCACGCAUCUCAUCACUAUGGAUCUGCACCAGAAGGAGAUCCAGGGCUUCUUCAACAUUCCCGUGGAUAAUUUACGAGCCUCUCCCUUCCUGCUGCAGUACAUUCAGGAAGAGAUCCCGGAUUACAGGAAUGCUGUCAUCGUGGCCAAGUCUCCAGCCUCGGCCAAGAGGGCACAGUCCUUCGCGGAGCGGCUGCGCCUGGGAAUCGCGGUGAUCCACGGAGAAGCGCAGGACGCCGAGUCGGACCUGGUGGACGGCCGGCACUCGCCGCCCAUGGUCCGGAGCGCGGCCGCCAUCCACCCCAGCCUGGAGAUCCCCAUGUUGAUUCCUAAGGAGAAGCCCCCGAUCACGGUGGUUGGUGACGUGGGCGGAAGGAUCGCCAUCAUUGUGGAUGACAUCAUCGAUGACGUUGACAGUUUUCUUGCUGCCGCAGAGACCCUGAAGGAAAGAGGCGCCUACAAGAUCUUCGUGAUGGCCACGCACGGCUUGUUGUCGUCUGACGCCCCCCGGCUGAUCGAGGAGUCGGCCAUUGAUGAGGUGGUGGUGACCAACACGAUCCCCCACGAGAUCCAGAAGCUGCAGUGCCCCAAGAUUAAGACGGUGGACAUCAGCCUGAUCCUGUCGGAAGCCAUCCGCCGCAUCCACAACGGCGAGUCCAUGUCCUACCUUUUCAGAAACAUCGGCCUGGACGACUGAGCGGCCUGCCUCCGGGCCUGCCGGGCCGCGCCGGAAAGGCAGCCCGGAGCUGCACCUCCGGGGCGGGAGCCGCCCCGCCCCGCCCCGCGCCCGCCCCCGCCCCGCCCCGCGCCCGCUCCGGGAUUCCUACCAACAUAGAGCAGCCUUUCAUGUCAGCUUGGGUACUUAUGAGUUUUGCAGGCAAUCUUUUUAUAAAAGAAAAAAAAAAAAAACCUUGAUUUUCCUCUUAAAUAAGUAAGUUAUGACCGGGUAGUUUUUAGUUUGCUAAAAAAAAAUAAUAAUAAUAAUAGCACUUGGAAUAAGAUUUUUAAGCUCACAAGCAGUUUUUUUUCCCCCCUCCGAAGUGCUUAGAAAAGUGAAUCCCAUAAAACAGCAGAGGAGAAGCCAAAAGGACUGAUUAUCCUGUGCGAUCCGGAAUGACUUUUCUAGACAGGUGUGCGGACCACGUGGGCGUAUUUAUUUUCUGCAACCGAAGAAGGAACAGAACCUUACCUGUGUGUGUGUGUGGACGUGCGUGUGUUAAAAUUUUGUGUUUGGGCAAUGGUUUUCUACAAUAAAACGGAGGCUGAGUCUGCGUGGUGGA